UAACGUUCGCUCGCGAGACAAAAUUCAAACUUUGCGCUUUGGCCCCGCCCCUCCCCGAGUCAAACUAUAAAUACGACUACCGCCAGUUUUACCCCUCAGUUCAACCUUCUUCCACAGACUACUCGACGUCGACGAGAAGGACAUUAACUAGCAACAAUGCGUGAGUGUAUUUCCAUGCACGUGGGCCAGGCCGGCGCCCAGAUGGGCAAUGCAUGCUGGGAGUUGUAUUGUCUGGAGCACGGCAUCCAGCCCGACGGUCAGAUGCCCAGCGACAAGACCAUCGGUGGCGGAGAUGACUCCUUCAACACCUUCUUCAGCGAGACCGGCGCCGGCAAGCAUGUGCCCCGGGCAGUCUUUGUGGAUUUGGAGCCGACGGUCAUCGAUGAAAUCCGCUCCGGGAUGUACCGUCAGCUCUUCCACCCUGAACAGCUGAUCACCGGGAAGGAGGACGCCGCCAACAACUACGCCCGUGGUCACUACACAGUUGGCAAGGAGAUCAUCGACCUGGUUCUGGAUAGAACUCGCAAACUGGCUGAUCAGUGCACAGGCCUUCAAGGCUUCCUCAUCUUCCACUCCUUUGGAGGAGGAACCGGCUCAGGCUUCACCUCCCUCCUCAUGGAGCGUCUGUCAGUCGACUAUGGCAAAAAGUCCAAGCUAGAGUUUGCCGUCUACCCGGCGCCACAGGUGUCCACUGCAGUAGUGGAGCCCUACAACUCCAUCCUGACCACCCACACCACCCUGGAGCAUUCCGACUGCGCGUUCAUGGUCGACAACGAGGCCAUCUACGACAUCUGCCGCAGGAACCUGGACAUUGAGCGCCCCAGUUACACCAACCUCAACAGGUUGAUCGGUCAGAUCGUGUCGUCCAUCACCGCCUCCUUGCGGUUCGACGGCGCCCUGAACGUGGACCUGACUGAGUUCCAGACCAACCUGGUGCCGUACCCGCGAAUCCACUUCCCCCUGGCCACCUACGCCCCCGUCAUCUCCGCCGAGAAAGCCUAUCACGAGCAGCUGUCUGUGGCCGACAUCACCAACGCCUGCUUUGAGCCCGCCAACCAGAUGGUGAAGUGCGACCCCCGUCACGGCAAGUACAUGGCGUGCUGCCUGCUGUACCGCGGCGACGUGGUGCCAAAAGACGUCAACUCCGCCAUCAGCAACAUCAAAACAAAGCGCUCCAUCCAGUUUGUGGACUGGUGCCCCACCGGCUUCAAAGUGGGCAUCAACUACCAGCCCCCUACUGUGGUUCCAGGCGGCGACCUCGCCAAGGUACAGAGGGCGGUGUGCAUGUUGAGCAACACCACCGCCAUCGCAGAAGCCUGGGCCCGACUCGACCACAAGUUCGACCUGAUGUACGCCAAGCGGGCCUUUGUGCACUGGUACGUAGGAGAGGGAAUGGAGGAAGGAGAAUUCUCAGAGGCCAGAGAAGACAUGGCCGCUCUGGAGAAAGAUUACGAAGAAGUGGGAGCUGACAGUGUCGGGGAGGAUGACGACGAAGGAGAAGAGUAUUAGCGGCAUUGGAAUGUAACUAAGCUAGAGCACUUGCAUUCUUGUUGUGCAUAAAGUCUGUCUUUUGUGCAAAUGGAAUAAACUUCCUCUAAAAUCUA